ACUUUGCUGGCCCUUCACACGCCACCGGAUCGCGCAACUACUCCCGCCUUCCAUGGACUCCCUCCCCACGGCGGCGGCGGUUGCCAUGGUGCUGGCCGUCCUCGCCGCCACGGCGGAGGCGGCAGCAGCCGGCUCCUACGUCCCCGCAAUCGCCACCGCCGACUUCCUCUUGUCGCCCGUCUUCCUGUGGGUGGCAGCCAACGCUAUCAUCAUCUGGCUCCUCUCGUCCUCCCGCCGCGGCAGGACCAACGACAGCGCUGCCUCGUCCUCGGCAGCCGCCGGCGAGGACGCCGUGCACGACACCGCGGAUAGCCUCUACACGUCUUCGUCCGAGUACGAGUAUUUCUCCGAAGCGGGCAGCGCCGCCCGUCGCGCGGCCGACGCGGCGCCGGUGUCCAGGAGGCUGGCCCGGGAGGCGAGGGCGGCCAGGCGAGCCGACCGCCCACGCGUGCGCAAGAAACCGGCCGGCCAGGACGCGCCGGGACCGAGGCUGGCCGGCGCGUCAGCGGCGGCGGAGGCACGCGAGCCCGACGAGGAGAGACGCGUCGUCCAGGACCAGGAGACGCCUGUAGCCUUCGCCUUCGCCGGCGCCGCCGACGACGGCGAGGACGAGGACGUGUCCAUAGACUCGCUGUGGCAGUCCAUCGUGCAGCGGCGCGCGGCGCGGCCGGUGGUCGUGCAGAAGAGCGAGUCGUGGGGCAACGACGAGCUGCCCCGGCUGCAGCGCGUGGCCGAGACGGCCGCCGCGACGCGCCGGGCGAUGCGCAAGUCCGUCUCGGCGGUCAGCAAGGCGUCGGCGGCCCCGCAGCCUCCGGCGGCGGCGCCGUCGGCGCUCCGGCAGCUGGGGUGGCGCACGCGGGACGUGCUCGAGGCGAUCGCGCCGGACGAGCUGCUGCGGCGCGCGGAGAGCUUCAUCCGGCGGCAGCACGAGCACCUGCGCCUGCAGCGGCAGGAGUCCGAGCAGCGCCAGCUCCAGCUCCAGCGCCGCCUCCAGCAGGCCCCCGCCCUCAUCCGCGUCUAGACACGGCAUGGUGCCGCGCCGGCCGGCCGGCCGGCGGUCUAACAGACGCCGUAUGGUACCCAUGUAUGCUUCACAACCGACGAUCGUCGAUCGAUGCCCGUGGCGGGGCAAGGCCAUGUACAGAAGCCGUCUACGUGCCAGAGGCCGCAGCCCCGGCAUCAGCAUCGAUCGAGAGGCAAAGAGGCUGCAGCCCCGGAGCCCUCAUCAAGUUUUCAGCACAUCCUCUUUCCAAUGUAGAUUAUACUUAAGGAGAUCACUAUGUGAGUAUGUGUAAGUAGGAUCUAUUAUAUAUUUGCAUGCAAAAGUACAGUUAUGUGACUGCCCAUGGGUCUACUGUAAAUUAGUACAGCCUCUUGAAUAAAUGUAGAGGGUGUGCACCCUGCACAAGAGUUCUUUGUUCUU